AUGAUCUCACUUACAUAUAUCAUCCUCGCGGUCGUGCUGUUCGCAGCUUACAGAGCUGUCUUCGCCGACCGCUCUCCCAUUCCCGAGACGUCCGGAAAAGUCUUCAAGGUCGCCAGCGCCGCCGAGUUUGACGCCCUCCUGUCCUCGACAUCCAACGUUGUCGUCGACUUCUACGCCGACUGGUGUCCCCCUUGCCGCGCCAUCGCCCCAGUCUUCUCGGAGCUGGCCGACAAUCAUGCAUUGGAGGGCAAGCUUGCUUUCGCCAAGGUCAAUGUCGACCAUGUUCAGAACAUUGCGAGUCGCUAUGACGUCUCCGCCAUGCCGACCUUUGUGAUCUUCCGGAACGGCAAACCUGCCGGUGUCGCGGUGGAAAGCCUUAAGGGUCGCCCCUCUGUCGUUCUCUCUGGUGAUGGGCUCGUCGAGAGGGUGCGUGGUGCCGACAAGGCGGCCCUCCAGUCUGCUGUUCAGGCUUUGGCCGGCUCAAAGUAG